AUGGAGGUGUUCGAAAAGGCACAGGUGGUGCGUCUGAGGAGUCGCCAUGACAAAUAUCUGUUGGCAGACACUGACAAAGAGGGCGUUUACCAAGAUCGAAAUGGGAUAUACAAAAAUGCUAAAUGGAGCGUGGAGAUCGUCCAGGGUACCAACUGGAUAAGACUCAAGAGUUGCUAUGAAAAAUACUUAACAGCCUCCAACAUGCCGUUUUUGUUAGGCGCCACAGGUAAGAAAGUCAUCCAGACCCUUCCCACAAGGUUAAACUCUUCUUUGGACUGGGAACCCGUAAGAGAAGGUUCCUACGUCAGGCUUAAAACACGUUAUGGACAGUUUCUUCGUGCCAACAAAGGCUUACCACCCUGGAAAAAUUCUAUCACCCACGAUAUCCCGCAUCGCACGUCAACCACAAAUUGGAUCCUCUGGGAUGUCGACCUCGUACAGCUUCGACCACAACAACCUCCCAAACCGAUUUCGCUCCAUCCUCCCGUCUUAGAAUCUCCUUCUCAUUCUCCACCGGAUGAUGCCUCCUUCAGUAUAUAUCUCAAGUCUCCUUCAAAUCAGGGUGAAGAUUUUGUGGAGGCCAAGUCACCGAUAAAAGAUGGAAGGAUUGUAUUUUAUAACGUGGAACAUGGAGAUGCUUCUGAUGAGAGUGAAGAAAAAUUCUUCUCGUUCCAAGGAAGUAGCGUGGAGGAUUUGAAGGAGAAGUUAAAGGAGGAGACAGGGCAUGAUGAUAUUGUUGUGUGCUGCCGCAACCCAUUCAACGCCGAACUUCAUCCCCUUCGUUUGCAAUUACCUCCUAACAACUCUGACAUGCACGUUGUUGUAAUUACUCCUUCUUGCAAUG